AUGCGGAAUAACGGGGCAUACAUGAUGCCCCCCACGGGGGCCUCACAGCGAUUUGAGAAUGAAACCCUAGCCGCCACAUGCCAGAUCUCUGGCCCGAGCGGUUCUCCCCAAUCCCCUCUGUUCACUCCUCCCCCAAUCCCGUCCAUCCUCGCGACGCUGCCAGUCCUUCUCCCCCAGCCUCUCCUCUCCCCAUGGCUCUCUCCUCAGCGCGGCGGACGGCUCGGGGCCACUUCCUCCAGCCCUAUCCAUCUUCAUCGUGCACAGCAGCAAGAGGAGGGAAGCGACGGCAGCAGACCGAGCUACUCCUUUGCGUCGCUGGGUAGGAGAAGCACAGGCCGCGCUGCGCCAUGCUGUCGAGCUCAGUUGGCGGCCAGCGGGAGCAGCGCCCCCAUUGGCUCCAACUGCCGCUCGACCGUACUCAGGAGGAGAAGGAGAAGGACCGUUGAAUCUUCGCCGUCUUUAGAUGAAGAAGGAGAAGGAGGUGCACAGACUGGACAAGCAGCUGUAGCUUUGGUGGCCUCUGAUCCGUCGCUGCCCAAAGACGCCUCUGCUUUUUUACUACCUAUGGACUGCAAGCUUACGAAACAACCAACGACGAAAACCAACAGCAAAUAUCAACUCACCAAAAUCUGCAAUGAGGUUUGCUUAUUUAGAGCCUGUAGUGUUGUUUGGCAACUGAAACAUGAAAUUGACUCAUGUGCUGACAAAUGGAGCCUUGGAGAAGAUAACAUGGGAAAGAGGAGAUUUGCAAGGAACAAAUAUACAAGAUCGGCUCAAAUGUAAUUUGAAUACUCAAGAGCAACUAUAAUGCAUGCCUCGGUGUUGUGGCGUCUCAUACAGUGUAGUCAAAGUUCUCCAAUAGUGAGACAAUUUCAGAAAUCGUGUGAUCUCAUCUCAUUUACGGUUAUGGGGCUGGCCUGUUUUCUUCCUACCCGAUUAUUGGUUGGUAGCUAGAAAUUGAAUAUGAGAACGCCCAACAAUACAAAAGUUUCUUACAUAGUCAAUGGUGAUGACUUCUUGCCCUGUAGGUUCUUAUCCAUAGGAAGCGUGCUACUUGCCUACUUCAUCAACUCAGAAAACCAAUAAUUCUCUGAACCCUAUUGAUCUCUAAAAACAUUGAUUUUCUAUGUUCUAGAGUCUAUGUCACAGUUAUGCCUCUUUGUGCUGCAUUCAUGUUUUUUUAAGCACGUGCCACGAAGAAGUAGCAUAUAUAGCACACCACUUUACCAAAUUAGUAUUUUGCAACGCCUUUGAUAGAAGAUAAAGAUUUACUUAUUUUGUUCAAACAACAUGUUUCAGCUUUCCAGUAUAAUUUGGAGAUCAUGGUACUUGGUUUUUCUUUCUCCCCAUGUAUGAAGUACAAAGCAUGAAAAAAUCAAACACAUAUUAUUUAUUUCUUAUUGGUUCUUAGGCAUGGAAGCUGCAGCCUCUGUAGCUGUAGCCUCAAAAGGAUAUAGAUAGGCCAGUACCUAACUUCAUGUGCCUGAGCCUAGGUUGGCGUGCAUAAAAAUUAAUGUUCUAUUUGGCAUUUGCUGAUUACCGUCCUGGUGAUCCUUCUCUAUCCA